AUGACGCUAACGCGGUGGACUGCAGUGUCAAUUCUAGCGUCGGGAGCGCUCUGUGCCGCUGCAGGUGCUUGGCUGGGUUGCUACCUGCUGAAAGUCAGGCAGGAUCGUCUGCAGAGCAAUGACCCGCGAGUAAAGAAGCUAGAGCAGGAGCUGGAACGUCAGAAGCGACUUCGGGCGCAAGAAAGAGCUGGACGGACGAAUGCCGAGCGGGGUGUACGAAGAGCAUUACAGAAGCUGCAAGAAUUAGAAGGGUACAAUUUGCAGGCCGUGGCGCAUGUGCAGUCGUGCUUCGCGGACCGUCGAGGCACCCCAAGGCAAGGCGGUCUCGUGAGAAACUCGAGGGCGCGCAUCAAAUUUAAAACGAAUAUUUCUCCAGCGAGUUUCGAGAGUCUGGAGCAAUUUAGCCACAUGUGGGUGCUUUUCAUCUUCCAUAAAAACACAAAUUUAGCGAAGACCACCACCAAGACAACAUUUCCUGCCAAAAUUGCUCCGCCGCGGCUCGGAGGCAAGAAAGUUGGAAUUUUCUCAACGCGCACACCACAUCGUCCCAACUCCAUUGGUCUCUCAGUCGUUAAGAUCGAGGCUAUAAAUGACCGGUGUAUCGAGAUUAGUGGUCACGAUCUCGUGAACGGCACACCUGUGCUUGAUGUCAAGCCAUAUGUACCCGCUGACAGCGUACCAGGGUACGUCAUACCGGACUGGGUCGCAGCGGAGUCGGACGUUACGGUAAGAAAGGUCGAGUUUACACCAGAAGCAACAGCGACUCUUAUCCGUCUAGUCGACGCGAAGGUGUCGUCUUUCUACUCGACCAUGACGGACUUCAAGACAGCGAUCGAGCAGGUGCUGGUUCUGGACAUCCGUAGCGUCUAUCAGGGUCGUGGGCAAGCUGUAGAGGCUCAGCGCUUUAACUGCCGCUUCGACUCUAUUCAGGUCGAGUUUAUGACGCUAGACAAUUCCAUUCGCGUCAUAAGUUGUUCGAAAUACACUACAUCACCCGAAGCAUGUUCUUUGGAAGAAGAACAGUUGUUGAUUCCAUCUAUUUACUAG